AUGUACAUGUACUACUUAUUGGGAUACAAGAUGAUCGGCGCUAUUUUGGAAGAUGAUUUACUGGAGAAGGAAACAAAUAAAAGGUAUCACUACAGACGAACAACAUCGUUACUGAACCAAUUGCCCAAAGACAAAGUUAAAAGGGCUCAUAACAGUUUCAUUCUUGCUCUGGACGGAGAUGUAGAUUUCAAACCUGAGGCAGUACAAAAACUGAUAGACAAAAUGACCAAGAAUGAAAAAGUUGGCGCUGUAUGUGGUCGAAUACAUCCUAUUGGAUCAGGGCCUGUUGUAUGGUAUCAACAAUUUGAAUAUGCUGUCGGACAUUGGCUACAAAAGGCUACAGAACAUGUGUUUGGAUGUGUGCUUUGUUGUCCAGGAGCCUUUAGUUUAUUUCGUGCUUCUGCUUUAAUGGACGACAAUGUGAUGAGAAUGUAUACAAGUCCUCCUACGGAAGCUCGCCAUUUCAUCCAGUUUGAACAAGGUGAAGACAGAUGGUUAUGUACAUUGGUGCUACAACAGGGUUGGAAAAUAGAUUACGCUGCUAGUGCUGACGCCUUCACAUUUGCGCCACAAACCUUUCAAGAGUUUUUCGUGCAGAGGCGACGAUGGGCACCGUCAACUCUAGCAAAUAUUAUUGACUUGCUAUCAUCUUGGAGGGUAACAACGAAAAUGAAUGAUAAUAUUAGCACGUUGUUCAUUUUAUACCAAUUCGUAGUUCUUACUUCCAGUUUACUUGGUAUCGGAACGGUUACGUUAAUGAUUACCGGAUCUUUCAAUGCUGUACUGAAAAUAAAUAUGUUCCAUUCAUACGUCGUCGCCGUAACACCAGUGGUUUUAUAUACCAUCAUAUGCAUGAAAUGUAGCAAUGACAAACAAAUUGCAGCAGCAGCGCUUCUUUCAACAGUGUACACCUUAGUAAUGGUUAUCGUCACGGCAGGAUUAUUCGUGAAUCUCGCAACAGAAAAAUUGUACAGUCCAAAUGUAAUAUUUUUCAUCGAAAUACUUUUUAUUUUCAUAUUCGCAGGAUUUGCUCAUCCAAAGGAGUUAAUGUGUCUGGUUCAUGGUUUGCUAUAUUACCUCCUAGUUCCAUCCACUUUUAUUUUCCUAACCGUGUAUUAUAUGUGCAAUAUUCAUGUUGUGACGUGGGGUACUCGUGAAAAGAAAACGGAAGACGAUGUUAUUGAGGAAACGGAGUCCGGAAAUUUUACUAAUUCAGCACAGCCUCCAGUACUAGUUAGAUGUUUGCAGAAACUAGGCGUUUUGGCUGUAGUGAAAGAAACAACAAGGCUUAUUAAGCAGUUAUUGGGAGCAGGAGUUGAGCAGGAAACCGAUGGUAAUGAAACAGAAUCAGGUACGCAACCACAUGUUGGAGCGACAAUUGUACCACGUGCUGCAACAAGACGUCCAAAAGUCAUGUGGUCGGCUCCACAACAGAAGAGGAAGAGAAUGAACCCAAACGUGUAUGCCAGCAGUGCUCAACUACAACAAAAAGAAACUUUGAUUAAAGUAGAAAAAGUCAUAGCAGAUAAAGAGAAAAAGAGUGGUCCGGUUCAAUUAUUGAAAGGAAAAUAUAAUGCUUAUGAUCUUAAAAACUCAGAUUAUGUUGGUCCCACAGCACCAAAGAUGUCAACAUAUGAUGGCAAAAAUGACUGA